ACUUGUCCAGAGUGUCCCCCGGCUCUUGCCCAUAGUCAGCUGGGAUAGGCUCCAGCUUGCCUGCGACCCUGUAGAACAGGAUAAGCAGCUACAGAUGAUGGAUGGAUAGAAAGAUUUAUUCCUUGAUUGUUGGCAUGCAACGUUGCCAUUUCACAAGGUACACGGCAGCCUCUUCUGAGGGGAGGGGCUUUGGAGGCAACGGAGCAGAGUGGAGAGAGACAGGUUGGGACUUGGAGGUUAUACUUGUUUAUAUUUUCAAGCUACAUCCACUGUCUUCUCAAUCAGAUUGUGCAGCUUUAACCUUGUCUUCAGGUAUAUGAUUGUGAACUUUAAAGCAAAAGAAUUGACAGAACUUGACUGCCUCCAAAACUUUACACCAUGAUCAUUUUGGCUCUGUUCAUCUUCAUGACCCUGGCAGAAGUGCCCAUUUGGGCAGAAGUUGUUAAUAAUUUUAACGGGUGCCGUAAGUUCUUUUAUGAGCACACUGAACCACAGGGCAUGGAUCAAAAUGCCAAGAAAAUCUGCCAGAAAUAUAACUAUGGUGGGUAUUUCUAUGCUUCACUUUACUCAACAUACCACAAGAUUCCUGUGUACAGUGCAUACCUUCUUGAUAACAACUGCCGCAGCCAGGAUGGACGAAAAAGCAGCAACUGGUUCAUUGAACCUCAGCUUUCAGGCAUCUCAGAUAAGACAAUGCAACCAGAGAGCAAAUAUGACAGAGAUUUGAUCAAGUCCAGUCAAGCUCUGAAUGAUGAUUACAGCAACACGGGCUACGACAGAGGACACCUCAACCCCAACAGUUUCCAGUGUGAGGAUGGCCGUGAGGCUACGUUCACCCUCACCAACAGUGCACCUAUGGAUGCCUGCUUCAACCGUGUCCACUGGAAACAAUGGGAGCAAGAGGUCAGGAGGACUUUAAGUGCCCGGUCUUCUGUGGGAACUGCCUACCUGGUAACAGGAACUGUACCUUCAAAAUAUUAUAAAAUUCCAAGACAAGGGGUAUUUGAUAAAUCUGGCACAAGAGAUUUUGAUAGAGUCACUGUUCCUACACAUGUCUGGACAGCUGUCUGUUAUAAGAAUGAUGCUGAUGAUGAGUUGUCCUUUUCGUUUGGCUACAUAGGGCAAAAUCAACCUGACAGCAGAAUAAGCAUAAUGAGUGUACCACAACUUAAUCAACAGCUGUCUUCUCUUUAUCAUACAGAUGUAAAAAUUUUCCAAGAUGACUGUUUUUCUAACAAACGUAAAUCUGAGGAAACCAUCAAGUAUCUUUAUAAGCAUAUCCAGCUGCCCUUUAGUGACAAACUGGAAAUGUCUGAUGAUGUUCAGAAUAAGCUUCAUACUGCCAUAAGCCAGUCUGACACUGAAGGCAGCGUGCCUUUAAAGAGGCCAAGGCUAACAGGUGUGAUAAUACACGAGACUUUCAACAGCCUGAAGACUUGGUUUGAAAAGAUAGAGGGCAUGAAAUAUGUGUCUGGGUUGACUUGUGUACUGUCCCAACAAUUUACUGGGCCCAUUAAGAGUCUUAGUAGCACAGGGAUUCAAAGAAGAGACACCGCUGAUGAUUCUCAAGAGCUAGUUUGUAGUCUCGUUCCAGAGGAGGUACGGGGCUGUACUACCUCUUGCCUGUACAAGGAGGAGGCUAGAGGUUAUUAUUGCUACGAUAAAGUUGAAGAGAAAUCGUGUUCUCCUGAGUAUUCCAUAAUAACAGUUAGUGGAAAGACGUGUAACAGUAACGACACCUGUGGAAAACACGGGUAUGACUACUACUGGUGCUGGGAAGGCGAUUCAUGGGAGUACUGCAGUCCCCCCUUACCAAUGGGCAAAGGAAAGGGAGGGAAGUCUUGCCGUUCCAACCACAACUGUGCCUUUUAUGGGUAUGGUUACACCUGGUGUUACACUGAUUACAAUGAUAACUGGGACUACUGCUGCAAGAUUAGUGAUAAUCUUUCAGCUCUAAAUGGCAAGACCUGUAAGCCUGACCAUCCAUGUGGUUACCACGGUUAUAAUUACCUUUGGUGCUAUACCACAGAUGGGUCUUCGGAAUACUGCUGUACCCAGUGACCCGCCCACACACAAACCCACACCGACAGUGCACGCAUGUUAUAAAACAGGUGUAUAUAUAAACAUACACCGAUUAACCAUAACAUUAUGACCACUGACAGGUGAAGUGAAUAACAUUGAUUAUCUCAUUACAAUGGCACCUGUUAAGGGGUGGGAUAUAUUAGACAGCAAGAGAACAGUCAGUUUUUGAAGUUGAUGGUUCCAUCUCAGAAACUGGUCUCUUAUUUGGGACAUUAUGGUCAAAAAAUAAAUUUUCUAAUUUUACUUUUUUUUUGCAUUCAUCUAACACUCUGUUUCUUCUGUCAUGUUUAAUAAGAAUAAAGAUAGUAUCUUGCUUUA